AACCAAACACCAGUGUGGAGAGAAGAUCCCACACACCACCUUCAACUGUAUCUAACACAAACCCAAAACAGGUUUUACCAGAUGUUUGUCAAGAAGGACGUGUAAACACUGUAAACACUGUGCUACCUGUGUGCAGCUCACCUCAGUACACGGAGACUUGUAUAAACUGUUUGACGGGAGCUGUGUACCUGCUGACUGUCAACAACACAUUUCUAUUCAAAGUUUCCCUCCUUCCUAGUUUCCCGAGACAAAAAUAGCGACUACAUGAUGGGACUUGAAUACACUUGUAGUAGUGAGGGAAACCACAGGAGACUAUGGACCGUACAGCUGACAGGUUGUGAGAGAUGUUUGAUGUUGUGAGCGACUACAGGUGACCUGUGACACCUGUCUGACAAAAAUCAUUCAGUUCUAUAACUAUGAGAAUUGGGACUUCACGAGACUGGCCUUUGGUACUGUCAGCCUAGUGGCGAGAGCAUCGGUGUCUGGAGUCCUGAGACGCCCAGGACUGGUCGGUUCGAUACCCGCGUGGCGCAGAGUUUUGAACCCCAGCUGCCCUAGAAUAGGUGGAAGUAACUGAGUCCGUAAAGGGUUUGGAAAGGCAAAGCAGUGAUGGAGAGAAGAGGAAAGGACACACAAAGCUCUCCGCGAGAAAGGCAUGGUCUCUUGCGCCUCACGACAGAAAAAUUAGGGGACGACUUCUGUUUCUUAGUCCUCUGUCAAAUAUUUUAAAGGCGAAUAUUUUUGAUUUAUCAUCAGUACUGCAUCGAGCAGAAAGUUAUACAUAAUGAAACAUAAAUAUAACGAAAGUCAGACAUCAAAGUGAAAUCCAGUGUCGGCAUCUUCUGUUCUCGCUACAAACGUCCGUUGAGGAGUAAACCCUCUUUCGAACUGUCACCUACCAUGACUCUGGGAUCUUCAGUCAACAUCCUUCACUGGUUUGUUGUUGUUGUCGUGUGGCAGACUGGACCAUGGGGUACCUUUCACGUCUCAGGUUUCAUCACCACCGCCACUCAUUGUAAACCGCCGAACACGCAGUCCUACCUUUGCACCAGCCAGUGUGUAGACCAGUGGGUUCACGUCGUCAGUAAAAAGAUUCAAGUCGGGUGUGACCAAACAAACAACUUACAGACAAACACUUCACAGUCUCUCACUGUCACGUGUGCUGGUCGCCAACAGUCAUCAGACAUGUGUUCAUACGGCUGCUUAGAGCACGUGACUUACUCUGGAAGCUACACAACAGUCACACUGGAGAGCGAAUGUAUCGACGAGUCUUCCAUCAGUAACCUGUGUGGUGAACUGUCUGACACACCGACUAACCUGCUGUACCUCGCCUCACCCUCGCUGUUCCUUGCCCCUGGUCCACCUCCACUCACCAGGUGUCGCUGUGAAAUACACGCUCAGCCUCUUCAUCAAGUGGAAAUACUCUUUGCAGACAUCAGUUCAUCGAUGUUCACCAUCACUUGUGGACAGCAGAUUCUCAGUGAUGGCAACUUCACGACUAAUGUCACAAACACUGUCAUGUCACUACCUGAUGGCAGCACUGACUGUGUCAUUGAGGUUGACCAACGUGGUGCAGAGACAACACACAGGGUGUGGACAAACUUUACAGGAUCCAGCCUGACAUUUCGCUGCAAUAGCUUUUCACCUGGAACAUCAACAUCUACAACACCAUCGACUACAAGGAUGGCGACAUCGCAGCAAACAUCUUCAUUGAUCUCAACGACGACUGUGUCUGAGGCAGCGACAUCGACAGUGUCGUCCUCACCCAUCGUUACAGUAACAACAUCGCGACAAACAAGCGAACUGCCAACAACCACAGGCGCCACCACCCCGGGUGGAAUGACUUCCCUUCAGACGUUAGGCACCCUGGUGGUGACACAAGACAGCGAGGACACAGCGUCCACCCGUUACAUAAUCGCCGGCGUGUGUGUUGGCGUCGUCGUGCUCAUCGCUGCAGUCGUCGGCCUUGUUUUCUUCAUCAGAAGGUCUAAGACGAUCUACGACUCUCUCGGACCCAGGGUGCCCCACUCACCAGGUGUUCAGACAGGAGAUGCUGACCACCUGUACGAUGUGUUGCAGCCUGUGGGAAUGUCCAGCCUCCAGCAUUCAGCAACAGCAGGAGAAGAUAACCAGAGAGUCCACAGCAGCCAACAGUUGAAUGUCCAGGAUCCAAACGGUCGAGAUGAAGAAGCUGCUCACCCGAAAAGCCGCACCCCUGUAUACCAAAAUAUCGGUAUGACUCUGUGGACGGAGGCAGGGAGUGAACCUUGUCAGACUGAUCCCCAGUCCAACAACGGUCCACCAACGGUCCACCUCUGACGGAGCAAAGAAAGAUAACUGUUUGUAACCGACAGUCAUGACAACAACAGAAAGAUGGACUUCAUUCCUAACUUGAAGACUGCUAAAGAUGGCGAUUGUCACCUGGUUUACCGACACUCACACGCAGUCACUUUAUUUUAUUGGACUUUGAUUACUUUGUCAGGAAUAUCAAUUCUUAUUUGUUUAUUAAAAAACUUUUCAACCAAUUAAAUAUGGUCCAGUCGAUGAUUUCUUUUUUUAGGGUUAUUUUAAAUGGACAUUUCAAUUUUCAUCUUUCACGGAAAGGUUUUACAUAUCAUCGCUCAUUCACUCGCUCACUUGUUUGCUCUUCUGCGCUAGAAGAGAUAAUUAUUGCCAACAAUUAUUAUUAUUAUUCGGUUUUCUGAGGUAAUUAUGUGUGUGAUCAAAUAAUUUUGUUACAUAAUGUAAAAAAAAAAGGAUGACUAUUUAAAUGGUCACUGCAACAAUGUUAAUGUUCUUCCUGAAAACUGUAGGUGAGACACAGCUUACUCAUUCUUACAAUUACAGUCACACGCAGAGUUUGAAGAUUUGUAAAAUUAUAAAUAAAUGACAGUGGAACGACAUUUUGUUGAACAGUUUUGAAUUUUCAUAAAUGCUCGACGAGGCCAAACGACGGUUUCAUUGCCAGGAAUACAUUUUAGGUUUGAAAUUAUCAAAAUGUGCAACUCCUUUUAAAAAAAGAAUUACUCCAAGGAAGCAGAUAUUGUGACUAGGAGAAGCCUGUGAGCCGCGGCUUGUCACCUCGGCCUUUGUACAUCUACUUGGCAUUUGGGUGUUGUUUUCUCUCUAUCAGCUGGACCGUUUUCAUUCAUCCUUAAUUUAGUAUUUCACCACUCCAUGAACACUAAUCACUCUCGUGCCUUUUGUCAAA